AAGGAAGUGGUUAACAAAACCACAAUCACUACCUCCUUUCUUAUACUGGUUUGUGUUUAAGUUUCAUUUAGUUAAAGGAACUUGUGCACAUAGUGAACACUGCAUAAAAGCUACCUUAUAUUUUAUCAGUAUUUAUCAAUGUUAUAAAUAAUGCCUUCUCGAAGAUCUUAUCAAAUUACCAGUGUGGAAAGCAGUAAAGCAAUAGGACAGGAUCAGUCUUACAGAAGUUGCUUGUUGGCAUUGAUUAUAUUUUUCUUCCUCUGUAUCAUUCUCAUCCUUGCCAGUUUACCGUGGAAAAGGAACCAUGCCGGUCGUUCUGAAUAUAAAGCUGAGCAAGAAAAAACGUAUCAUCUUCAUGGAUAUCAUAUACAAGAAACAACUACUACAACUACAACCCCAACUCCAAUUGUAAAAUAUCGUCCAACUAUCUCAUUGACUGAACCGCAAGAAACGAUAUCAGAGACUGAAACUUCUACACAAGAUUAUGAUAACGUGUAUAAAUUUGAGAAACUCCAAAGUGUUGAGACCACAAAGGUAUCAACAUCUUCAGCGAAUGAUAAUGAAUCUUCUACCUACGCUCCUUCUAAUUCCACAAUUCUCGAUUUUAUUGCUAAAACUACUACUUCAGAAAUAUAUCAAACUACGACAGAUAAUGUUCUGGAAGUAACAACAAAAAAUCAGAACGAUGUGGUAGAAACUACCUUUCAAAAUCGUCAAGAAACUCUUACUGAGUCUACCGUGUUAAGUACAGUGAUAGAUGAUACCACAAGCAUAAAUUCAAUUACAACCCCUACUAACUCAACUGAUAAUAAAGUAUGUACAACAGGAGAAUGCAAGAAUAUGGCCAGCAAAAUACUGUUUUACAUGAAUCAUACGAUUGAUCCUUGUGAGGACUUUUACGAAUACGCUUGCGGUGGUUUCGAGACGAAUCCUCAUACUGUAGAACAAAAUUUAGAAAAUAUGGCUUAUCGACGCAUAUUCAGGCAAAUGCAGAAAGAAAUUCAUGAAGGUAAAUCGUCCACAUUCAUCAAAUACUACGACAGCUGUAUGCAAUAUGAGAACGUAGACUUGAGUGAGAGAAUAAAGCUGGCAAAACAGACUUUGGAUAAAGUCGGUAAGUUUUACACUACUGAUGACUGGGAAAGAAAUCACGCAAAUUUUACGGAGCUAUUAGCUAAUCUGUUACUACACAACAGUGCAUUGCUGUUCGACAUCUCUCCAGACCUAGAUGGAUAUUUGCCUAAAGCAUUCACUCUUAAAAUAGGACCAACCAUGUACAAAAAUCCUUUUGACUUAGAGAACACGGAUGAUCCUUGUUAUGCAAAACAAUUAGAGAGAGAACAAGAGACGGUGAAUUUAGGAAAACUGUAUAAGGAAUACAAAACUUGCAAAAAAAAUACGAAGAAGUUCAUAUACUCCAUCUCGGAAGCUUUAAGAGCAUUGGGUAUUUUCAAUGAGUUAAAGAAUCCGUAUAAUAUCACGCAAUAUAUACAAACUACGGUUAUUAAGAUUGAUAUGGAACUAGUACAAAAGUUAUUCGCGAUUUACCCGUCUAAGUCAGAGAUUCGUGAAGCUUAUCUAAUGAAAAACUACACACUAGUUACUAUUGAAAAAUUGGAAGAAAGUUACAAAGUCGUGAAUUGGACGCAACUGAUUUAUUUGUUAACGAAAGAACAAAUUAAACCGAUGAAUACGAUUAACACUACAGUACGAGUGCAGGUUUAUUUCUAUAACGUUCUGGAUCAAGGACUGAAAAGUCUGGAAGAAUUUAAAGCAGAAGAUCCUAUGCAAUUAAAUAAUGCACUUUUAGGAUUGUAUGCACGCAAUCUUUAUCAUGAGGUAUACUCUACUUUUUAUUUUAUGUCAUGUGUUUUCUUUAUUUUUUUUUUUUUUUUUUCUUUUAUAAGCGUUUCUUUUUUUCAGCUGGUUCUGCCAAAGCAACGAAACGCUGAAGAAUACUGCCUUCGCGUGGCCGCUAGCCUUUUAAUCCCGGAAGCUUCGGAUUUGUACGUUUCCUCCUUUUCGAGAGAUCAGCUCACGUACAUGAAUAAAACUAUACAUAAUUUGUUCGAAAUACUUAAGGAGACACUAACAUUAAACGUAAAAGAGGUAAAAUGGGCCGCACCGGAGAGACGCAACGCGUUGAUCGCAAAAAUAAACGAUCUGAAAAUUGCUGUGCCUGACAUUUCAUAUUUGAAUAACAACAAUUCCGCUUACAGAUCAACUAAAGCAUACGAGAUCGAUUUGUCCGACAAUUAUUUUGAGAACUCAGUCUCAUUGAUGCAGAGGUACAGAAAAUUAAUUUAUGCAGAAUUACUUACAGAUCCAAAUGAUCCUGAACAGAUAUGGACACAUUACGCAACACCAUUCCAGUCCAAAGGGCUCGCGGUUUACGAAUUAAAUCUUGUCGUGAUACCGUUUGGUGUGAUCGACUGGUCCACCAAGUACAAUGAACUCUCGUUCGAUUACAUAAUACUGGCGACACUCGGUAAUGUGAUAGCACAUCAAAUUGCGCAUCACUUUGACGCAAAUGGUAUCUAUUAUUGGAAUGGAAUUCGUGACACUGAAAACUCUCUGUUGAGUGACAACGACGAUUACAGUCAAAGAAAUAUUUUUUAUCAAAAUCCUAUGAAUAUGACGAUACCGUCUACAGGGCAGACUGUCACUUACGAGAUUUUGCAAAUGAGCCUAAACGAACGCCUAUCCGAAGCGAUGGGGCUCAGAUUGGCCUAUGAUACUUUGGAUCGAUUGAGAUCUCCCGGAAGGAAUUCUGAAUUCCAAGAAGUUCAUCUUCCGUGGCUUAAACUUAACUUCGAUCAGUUAUUCUAUCUCACCUACGCUCAGACGCAUUGUACAAAGUCACCACUUACGUCAUCGUAUAUAUCGUUAUAUGAGAACGAGCAAUUACCGAGUCGAAUUCGUAUUUUUGUUUCUGCAUCAAACAACAAGCUCCUCGGUAAAGCUUGGAAAUGUCCGGAUGGUUCGCAGAUAAUGCCAAGUUACACGUGCACUCCGUUCCCGUAUCUUGAGUGUGACGAUGCGACUGAAGCAACUUAAGUGAUAGAGCGACCAAU